AACACUGCCAGAAUUGCCUUUUGGUAAUCGCUGUCUGCAGGGAUACAAGUCCAAGGGCCAGACAAAUUUGGACCAGGUCUUUGAAAGUUUUUUAGUGUCAAACGUCAUGGGGCCGUCUGUUGCAAUCCUUCUUUGUGUACUGACAUCAGCUAACGGGCUUUUCCUAUAUUUUCACCGCUAUCAUACAACCACUCAGAACCCGGACGUCCAUGAAAAUCAGGACCCUGAUAUCUACUAUCAUGUGACUUCUGUAGGUGAUUUGGUGAUUGCAGUCAACAGCCAGGCACAUCCACCCGAAUGUUAUGUCAUAGAUGUGACCACAUGGUCACACCUACUGGACAAUCGUUCCACUUUCACCAGAAUCAAGGCUCAACUCGAGACCCUGAUCAGCAGCCACGAGUCCAAAAGGUAUCCACUCACCCAUGACGACCUGCAAACGUAUUUCAAGGCCGAACAAGGCUUCUCUGAGUGCCGAGGUCAUAAUUUAUAUCUCCUCGACUACACCCCUUCGCUGUGAUUGCAGCCCGCACCUUGACAAUCGCUACAGAUGACACCUAUGAAGAACAGACCUUUUGCAGUUAAAGCCUCGCGUCAUUUUUUUUUCUUUUUUUCUUUUUUUUUUUUUUGCGAGAUGCAGAGAAGGUAAU